GAUACCAACACGAUAUUAGCAUUUAUCUUGUUUCAUGCAAGUAUGGCAACCAAUGAAAACGUUGACCGAGCAUUUCGUAAUAUGGUAACUAUUCGUGAUUCGACGAAAUCGUCACAGGAGAUAAGGGAACACUAUAAUACAUGGAGUAAAACUUUUGAAAAGGAAGCUGCACUCUUGGGUUGGAAUGCACCAAAAUAUACAGCGAAAUGUUUGUCUGACUUGUUGCCUGAACGCAAUGCCUACGUUUUAGAUUGUGCAGCAGGAACAGGUCUUGUUGGGUUGGAGCUUAAACACCUUGGAUACAGAAACAUUGACGCCGUUGAUCUUUCUGACGAUAGUUUGCAAAAAGCCGAACUCAAAGGCUGUUAUAGACAACUAAUAUGUGCAAAAUUGAAUGAGCAUCCGAUUAUGACAAUUAAGCCAGACACAUAUGAUGGCAUUGUUUGUUGUGGUGCUUUCAUUGAUGGACAUCUAAAUGAUAAAUGUUUGAUAGAAUGGAGUAGAAUACUGAAACCAAAUGGGAUUAUCUGUAUUUGCCUCAAUACUAAAUUCAUAUCACAACUCGAGGGACCUGUAUUGGAUCGAUUACUGAAAGACAACAUUCUGGAACAAGUACAGAAAAUAAUAGUUUCCAAUUAUGUUCAAGAAGAAGAUGGAUAUGUGGUAUCAUUUCGAUUACUAAAAAAUCAACCGCAGUGAGGUCAAUCAUCUAUGAUAUAAUUUCAUCUUCUCACUCAAUUACUUCUUACCUACUGACUGCUAUAUUCAAGGAAGUAAUAAUCGAACUCGGAUGUGUUGGUUGGUAUAAAUGUAACUCUGAGUUUAAACUAAUAAUAAAACAUACAGUCAAACU